GUCCCUCGGACACAGCGGAUCACUGAUCAACGGAAAGAGCCGAAGAUGUCGGCUCGGUCAUGUGAUCAGCUGUGUCCAAUCACAGCUGAUCACAUAGGGGACAUGUACACUGAUCAUCAGGGCACUGGUGAUCAGUGUACCCUGAUGAUCUGUGUAGCCCCAGCAGUGCCACCUGUCAGUGUCCAUCAGUGCCAGCUGUCAGUGCUCAUCCAUGCCAACUGCCAGUGCCCAUUAGUGCCACAUCAAUGCCACAGAUCAGUGCUUACCAGUGCACAUCAAUGCCACAUAUCAGUGCCCAUCUGAGCUGCCUUCCAGUGUUACCCAUCAGUGCCAGUCAGUGCCACCUAUCAAUGCCAAUCAGUGCCACCUAUCAGUGCUGCCAAUCAGUGCCACCUAUCAGUGCCCGUCAGUGCUGCCUAGCAGUGCCACCUAACAGUGCAAGCAAGUGCCACCUAACAGUGCCAGUCAGUGCCACCUAUCAGUGCUGCCAAUCAGUGCCACCUAUCAGUGCCCGUCAGUGCUGCCUAGCAGUGCCACCUAACAGUGCAAGUAAGUGAACCUAACAGUGCCAGUCAGUGCCACCUAUCAGUGCCAGUCAGUGCCGCCUAUCAGUGCCGCCUAUCAGUG